UUUGCUCUACUUCACAUAGGUGAUAACAAAACUUCAUUUAAGGCUGACAUAAACUGGCCUGUAGUUUGAAAAUCGUCCCGGGAAUCAUGUUCCGUGUAGCGUGUCUGUUGGCCCUGGCCUCCCUGGCGGUGGCGUACGACGCAGGUCUGCGCGGGUCUGUUUACUUCGCUAUCGAUGGCAUCAACCGCCGCAGCGGGCUGGACAACCAGCUGGUCUUGGAGGAGGUGCUGCGUUCUGGUGAAGAGAUCGUGUCUCGAGUGGAGACCCGACACAAGUUUGCUGUCCGCCUGGCCUACUCGGACUGCCGGAACGGUGCGGCUGAUGCUUUGGCAGCCUCUCAACGGUGCCCCGUGCCGGACCCGCACAGGAGUGUGGAGUGCACGGCUGCUGUGACUCAGGUUCUGUCGGACGCUGGUGUAAGCAGGCGACUUGUCGUUACCGAGUGUGGCGGAGCGCAGGCCCUGACUGAUGAGUCUCUUGGCCCUCUCACCGAUGCUGUCUCUGCCAGCGUGCCGGGGACGUACGAGGCCGGCACGCGCGGCUCCAUCUACUUCGUCAUCGACUCCAUCAACCAACGCAGCGGGCUGGACAACCAGUGGGUGCUGGAGGAGGUGCUGCGAUCAGGAGAACUGGUUGUGUCUAGGGAGGAGUCUCGCCACAGUUUCGCUAUCCGCCUGGCUUACUCCGACUGCCCCAACGGUGCAGCUGACGCCAUCAUGUCCGCCGAGCGCUGCACUGUGCAGGAUCCACACAGGAGUCAGGAUUGCAAGGGCACUGUGAUCCAGUACCUGUCGGACAGUGGUGUGCGCAGACGCAUUGCAGAGCUGGAAUGUGACGCGGUCCAAGCCGUGUCCAAGCGGGACGCCGUCAGGCCCGUCCUGUCCGACAGCCUGACGGCCGUUUCUUUCACGACGUACGAUGGCGGAAUGCGCGGGUCCAUCUACUUCGCCAUCGAUGCCAUCAACCGCGGCAGCGGGCACGACAACGUGUGGGUGCUGGAGGCGGUGAUGAAAUCAGGAGAGCAGGAGGUUUCCGAUGUGGAGUCUGUGCACAGGUUCGCCAUACGCAUCGCCUACUCCGACUGUCAAAAGGGAACCAUGGAUGCGCAGACGGCCACCAUUCGCUGCCCUGUACCGGAACCACACAGGAGCCAAGAUUGUACCGGGUCGGUCGUGCAGCAGACGUCGGACUCCGGGGCCGUGCGCAGGCGCGUGGAGAACGUCCAGUGCGGCGUGCCCACCCUGCAGACAUCGCUUAUCCAGGGCUGAGCAGACAGCCACAGACUUACCACGGAAUAAACACAUUGUCGGCUGAUA